GUUUUCACUUUGUUUCCUUUUCCUUCCUCUGUCGCACAACCCCACAUCAGCCAAACAAUACUAUGCUUCUUGUUUCGUUCACUUGUUGAUCUUGUUGGCAAAAUAUCCUGUUGUUCACAGUUCUUGGGAUUUGUAAAAUGUCAAACUGACAUGAAAUCUGAAAAAACCCUCAAGUACAGCUAAUUCUGUUCCUCGACUUCAGUGAGAGGGAAUAUGUCAUAAUGAAGAAAAUUUUGCUCCUCACUGGACACAGAUUGAACACAUAAAGUUGAAGUGAAAUUAUCAAAGGAAAGAAAGGACCUGCUCCAUAGGGUUGCAGGCUUUGAGCACUUGGUCAAAAUGGCUAUGAUGGACAAUGUUGAUUUCCUGAUCAGUCACAUCAGGAACUCUUUCGUGACCAGUGACGACACAAGUAUGUCUGAAUGGGUGAUCACUGAAUGCCGAAUCCAAGAUGAAAGCGAUCUCAGGAAAGAUGGAAACCAUCGGUACAAUCGAAACAACCACAGCAGCCGCAGUGACAGCAACAGUGAUUGCCCAUCAGACACCGAGCUGAAAGGAUCUAUGGAUAUUCAUCCAGAUAUGGAUUUUGGCGCUCACAGACGAAGGUCCAACACAGCCCAGAGGCUGGAGAGACUGAAGAAAGAAAAAAGAACUCAAAGUAAGAUAAAGACCAUCGCCUGGAAGGAUGGCUCGGAGCAAUACAAAGUGGAAGAAAAAGGCCACCUGUUUGAGAAGAAAGAGCUGCCCAUGGCUCUGGAUGAGCCGGACUCAUCACUCCUUUCAGAAGAUGUUGCUGCGGAUGAAAAUGACCAACCUGAAGCUGAAAAGAAAACAGAUGAGGACAAGGGGAAGGAGAAGAAGUCUCCAUCAGUCCCCCGAUCAACCCUCAGCCAGCAGCUCCUUGAAAUAGAGGCUCAUGGAAGUAACCCGUUCUUCAAAUACGCAAAAUUUGAUGGCAGAACUGCUGGUGGCCUGGCGACCCGUAAACUGGACAUCUUCCUCACUUUUGCUAGUCCUGAGCAGCGGGCGUACCCGAUGUCCAUCAUUGUGACGGCAACAGCCAAAGCACAGGAGGUGGUGGGGUUAGUGUGCUGGCAGUACACACAGGAAGGCAGGAAGCCUGAGAUCAAGUCUGUGGUGGGACACAUCGAUCCAAAUAGUGACUUGAACAAGUUUUCCCUGCACAUGGCAGAGGAUGACGGAGAGAUCGACACCGACUUCCCCCCGAUCAUCCCCACGGACCCGGUCUCCAAGUAUGGCUUCACCAAAUUUGCCCUUGUGGCCAACGCACCCGUACAGCCCAAGUCCGCUCUGGUCACCAUAUAUGUUCCAAACAGAGGCUACAACACCUUCCAGGUAGAGUCAAUGACGGUCACCAUGCGAGAACUUAUGGAAAAGGUGAUCAAACGCAGGAAAAUAAAGAUUAGACCAGGACUCAACUACACUUUGGAGAAAGCUGGCAAGAGUGAAGUGGGGAAACCGAUUGACCUGGACUCAAUGCUGGGUUCCAUGAACUGUCUUGACUUCUACCUCAUCAGGGAAAAUAGUUCAAGGGGAGAUGUGGAGUCAAAUGGAGAGGAAGACCAAAAGAUAGCAGAGUCCCUGAUGAGUCAUCAGUACAAGUCUUUCAUCGUCAGCAUGGUGCACAAAGUACGCACCAACACAGAAGUGCAGCUUGGCAUCAGUGGAGACAAGAUAGAGAUCGACCCUGUAUCUAUCAAAGGCACAGCUCGUCUCUUCCGUCAGAAGGCUGUGACAUACGAUGCUGAUUGUGUUGCUGCUUGUGACAUCACGGAGACCAAGGCAAAUGGGCGCUCAAUGUUCCGAAUGACGUACCUGAACGGCCAUGACUACAAGCAUCAUCACUUCGAGGCUGAGCAGAGUGUGGCCAAUGAGAUUGUGGAGAAGGUCAACAACAUCCUAGAGCUCAAGUUCAGUCCGGUCAGGAAGGAGUUUGUGUACUCGCAGGAGAAGAAAGCGUUGAGGAAACGAGACUCCAUCAAAAUAUCCCACUGACGACUAGAGGCAGCUCCAGCAGAAUUUACAGUGAAUGUUAUGUGAUAGUUUCAUGAGAAGAAAUGUUGACUUAUUUUUCCUAUGUAUUGUGCAUUCAUUUUAUUGCAGUCUAGCAUGCGCAUAGCUAAAUCAGCGGGAUGGGGAAACCUUAUCAUCAUGUACGAAUCUCACAAUGUACAUGUUGUGAAACAAAGAAAAUAUGUGCAAGAAAAUAUUUGAGACCUGAAAAUCUGUUUGCGAGACCUGAAAAUCUGUUUGCGAAGUUGCUGGGUUUUCUGUGUACGUGCUAGACUGUUAUCUGAAAAUUUAUCUUUUCAAGUAAAGGUAGCCCACUUAUGACAAGCUAGAUGUAUUUGUAGACUGUGAUAAUUGAAACAACUGUGGUUUCCUGGGAAAUUAUAGUCACUGUUCUAGGUUUGUCAUGUGUACAUUCUAAAAAAAUUGUUGUCACUGGAACCAACUUUCAAUGUGUACACUUUGAUCACUGGAAAUGUUAUGGCCUCUGUUUCUAAAUUGCAGCAUAUACUCUACAUUGGUGGCAAUAGCUGUCAUGUUGCAUUCUUCUCUCUAUCUUUUUUUUUUGGGG